CUAGGAUAUUACUGUACACUAAUGUAGACUUUAUAAACACUGUCCCACAAGUCCUCCCCCUGCUUCCUUUCAACAGGGUCAGAAAUAGAACAUCGAAGCUGUCAAUGCUGCUCCAUGAACAGGGAUGUGGGCUGGAUUGAUUGGAAAUAUCAAGGAGAAACUGGCUGGAUGGCCCUUCUGAAUUUUUUCUUCCCUGAAGAAAAGUCAUACUCUGAAACAGAAAGUAGACGUGUUCGUCGCAAUAAAAGAAGCAAAACCAGUGAAGGAGUAGAUGGUCCAGUUAAAAACAAGAAAAAGGGAAAGAAGGCGGGACCUCCUGGGCCAAAUGGCCCCCCAGGACCUCCAGGACCUCCAGGACCCCAGGGACCCCCAGGGAUUCCAGGGAUUCCUGGAAUUCCAGGAACAACUGUUAUGGGACCACCUGGCCCUCCAGGUCCUCCUGGUCCUCAAGGACCCCCUGGCCUCCAGGGACCUUCUGGUGCUGCUGAUAAAGCUGGAACUCGAGAUAACCAGCCAGCCGUGGUGCAUCUGCAGGGCCAAGGCUCAGCAAUUCAAGUCAAGAAUGAUCUUUCAGGUGGAGUACUCAAUGACUGGUCUCGCAUCACUAUGAACCCCAAGGUGUUUAAGCUACAUCCCCGCAGUGGGGAGCUGGAGGUACUGGUGGACGGCACCUACUUCAUCUAUAGUCAGGUAGAAGUAUACUACAUCAACUUCACUGACUUUGCCAGCUAUGAGGUGGUGGUGGACGAGAAGCCCUUUCUGCAGUGUACCCGCAGCAUUGAGACAGGCAAGACCAACUACAACACUUGCUACACCGCGGGGGUCUGCCUCCUCAAAGCCCGGCAGAAGAUCGCUGUGAAGAUGGUGCAUGCUGACAUCUCUAUCAACAUGAGCAAGCACACCACCUUCUUUGGGGCCAUCAGGCUGGGCGAGGCCCCUGCAUCCUAGAUUCUUCCCACCACCACCACCCCCUGUUUUGCCCCUGCCUGUGCCCCUGCCCCAGGUCUGGGACCCUGGAACCCCAGAACCUCGAAGUGCUGCUGUGGAGUGGGGCAUAUGUGUGUUGCAGCUGCAGAGAGAAAGGCCCCACUGCUAUUUAUUCCCUAUUGACUCCAGGACAAGGCCUGCUUGCCUUUCCCAAAUG